AUAUACAAAGUGUGGCCUCUUGUUCUGUGGCCACACCUGCAUUCUGGCACCACGCACACUGCUGCUCUCUGCUCUGCCCUCCAUUGCUGCAAGAGCUAGACUGCAGAGCAGCACCUUGCCGCUUAGCUUCGGAGAUGAUCAAGCUGAGGUACUCCAAGAAGCUGUUCAGGAGGAGCUCCUCCAAGAGCAGCGCUGCCAGCAGCAGUAGCAGCGACGGCGGCGAUGCCGGCAGCGGCCGUGGGGAGAUAGAGUGGGAGGUGAGGCCGGGGGGCAUGCUGGUGCAGAAGAGGGACGGGAAGGGGGACGUCGAGGUCAUCACCGUCCGGGUCGCCACCGGCUUCUCCUGGCAUGACGUCUCCAUUGGGGCUACCUGCACAUUUGGGGAGCUUAAGGUGGUGCUGUCCAUGGUGACAGGGCUGGAGCCGAGGGAGCAGAGGCUGCUGUUCCGGGGCAAGGAGAGGGAGGACAGCGACCAUCUCCACAUGGUGGGCGUGAGGGACAAGGACAAGGUGCUCCUCCUCGAGGACCCUGCCCUCAAGGACAUGAAGCUCCGGGCCGCGCUCGCGGCCCAGGCCGUGCAGAGCCCGUAUCAGAACUUUAUCAAGGUGUAAGUCCGGCCCGGCCUGGCCUGCCACUACCCUAACUGAAUAACUGAUAGAGUAAACCAGUAUCAUCAUCAGCUAGUUGCUCCUGUUGGUAAUCGCCUGCUAUUGAUCAGUGCUAAGUACCACUCCAUGUAUGGGCAAAGGAAAGCCCCUCUUUUGUGAGAAGAGUUAGCGUAGUACAUGAUGAUGCACUUGUAACCGCGCUGAGUGUGGCUGCCAUGCAUGCUAUGUAAGGUUGUUCAGAAAAAAAUCAGACUUAGAUCACGCAUGCCUAGCAAGUCCCACACAGAGUUUCGAAAGGCCUUAGCCUCCAAGGCUCCAACUAUAGUGGAGAUAAACUAUUUUUCAGCUUUGGGUGAUGAACCGAUGCCUAUAAUUGGUAACUCCUUGGGCUA